AUGCAUCCCCAACGCGCCAUUCAGGUCCUCGCCCUCGCCUCGGUCGCUCAGGCGUCAUGGUUCAACUUCAACAAAGCCGAGCCUCGCGAUGGCCUCCUUAAGAGACAAUCAGGAACAGCCAGCGGUGCCGAGACCACAUCGACUGCCGCUGCUCAAACCACCACAUCUGCUGCUGCCGUAACUACAACAACGACUGCUGCUCCGGUCACCAGCACCACCGUCGCUGUUGUCACUACCACAUCUCCCGCUGCCGACCCGACCACAUCCGCCAAUGCGCCUGCAUCAAGCACAACACCAGGAGCCACGGCUGCUCCUACAACCCUGAAGACCAGCACCACAUCUGCUGGCAGCAACAACGACGGGACCACCAGCGCAAGUGCCGCUUCUUCCACCCACUCCACCACUGCCGAGCCCGUUACCUCUACCAUCAAGACCGUCAUCACCACCACCAACUCCGCUGGUGUCGCAACUUCCUUCACCUCUGAGGCCACCGUCACGAGCACGCCCGGUCUUAAUGAGGCAAACUCUGGAGACUCAUCCUCUGGCAUGUCGUCCGAGACUCGCAAGACCGUCAUUGGUGUCGUUGUUGGUGUCGGCGGUGCCAUUGUUCUCGGUGCCCUGGGCUUUGUUGCCUGGAGAAUUUGGGGCAAGAAGAAGCAGGCUGAGGAGAACGAUGGCCUCAUGGAGUACAACAACCAGUACGGCAACGAGCCCAAGAACGAGAUCGGGAGUGCCCAGGGAUCUGGCUCCGGCCGUACUCCCUUCCAGUCGACUCUCGAAAGCUACCACGCGCCGAACCAACAAGUCAAUGCAUCGUCCAACUUUUGA